UGAAAAAAACUCCUAUAUCUUCAUACCUUGCUUUCAGUUCUUGCUCCAACUUCCCUACUAGGAUAGCUAGCAACCUAGCUGCAAUCUAGUUUCAGUCCGAGGAGGAAGAUGAUGAACUCCCUUCUCUCAAUCUCCUUUGUUGUUAGGUAUCUUCCCAAAUCUUGAAAAGGGUAUUCGAAUUUCAAUUCACAGUUUCAAGAAUCAGAAAAAGAAUGGAUUUUUAUCACCGCCCACACCGGCUACUGCUCGAUAACCGUCUGGAUUUGCAGCACAAAAAUGAGAGCACCAAAAUCCGCCAUGGCUAUGCAAACGAAGAAGCAAGCUUUGAUACUAACAUGGUGGUCAUCUUAGCGUCUUUGCUUUGCGCUCUGAUCUGCGCCCUGGGGCUCAACUCGAUUCUCCGGUGCGCCAUGAGGUUUAGCAGGCGGUUUUCUUUCUCCGAGGAUGAGGUGGCGGCGGCCGGCGGGGUGAAAAGGAGGCGGCUGAGGGAGAUUCCGGUGGCGGUUUACGGCGGCUCCGGAGUGGAGAUUUCGGCCACCGAGUGUCCGAUUUGCUUGGGGGAGUUCGUGGAUGGCGAGAAGGUUAGGGUUUUGCCUAAGUGUCGCCAUGGGUUUCAUGUAAGGUGUAUUGAUAUGUGGCUGGCUUCACACGAGUCUUGUCCGACGUGCCGCCGAUCUUUGGUCGAUCAACCUGCACCGUCCGAUGCAGAAGAUGCUGCGGCUGCGAUUUCGUCUGGCGGGCAUGCUGCUAUGCCUGCAGGGGCUGGUGAUGAUGCUGGUUAAAGUGCAAGAGAGACAUAGAUAAACCUACUAAGGUAGUAAGGUUUGAAGUUAAUUAGUUUUUUUUUUUUUUUAAUCUAUGUAAUUUAAUGUUGUAUAAUAUGGUGUCUGAGUAACUAACAGUAACCAGUAUGGUGUAUGUGUAUAACCUCAAUCAAGUUAAUUAGUCAAAUUAAACAAGUUACUUGGGUCAACUAUGAACAA